GUCAAAGUCUGUUCCCCUUUGGUUAGUGGUUAGUGGUUAUAUUUAGGGAUAGUUCUUAGGAAACAUGGUGGGGUUAGGUUAGGGUCAGCGCUCGGCUCUCUAGAGGGAAGUUUUGAGUGAAGUGCUGUAACUAUAUAUAAAGAAAAGAGAAAAGAGAGACUGUCAGAAACAGAACAUGUCUGAUAAGUGUGAUCUGUGUCUGCUGGGAUUGAUAAUUUUCUCUUCACUUCUCACAGGUACUGGUGGAGUGAAUGAGACACAUGAGUUCAUCAGUUCUGGUGAAAAUGUCCGUCUGCCCUGUAACAAUGCUCUUUCUGACUGCAACUCAACUACAUGGAUCUAUAACAGUAUCAGACAUUCAGCAGCAGUUGAACUGAUUAAUUUAGGGAUAAAGAAGAAAGACACAGAGAGCCAUGAGAGACUGAGCCUGGGGUCUGACUGCUCUCUGAACAUCAAGAACGUCACAAAAGAUGAUUAUGGAUCUUACACCUGCCAACAAUUUGUGAAUGACAAACAACAAGGAACUGAUGCACUUGUUUUUCUGCAUGUUCUUCAUGUUUCAGUCUCUCCAUCAUCCUCAUCAUCAUCCUCAUCAUCAUCCUCACAGACUGAGAUCAGUCCAGGUUGCUCUGUGACUUUCUCCUGCCAGUUAUAUGCUAGAUUCUCCUGUGAUGAUUUGGUUCAUCAUGAGGGACUUAAGUUGUUGUGGGUGAAUCAGGCUGGUGUUGAUCUGAAGACAGACUCCAGAUACCAGAUAUCAUCAGAUCACUGUAUCAUCAAUCUGACUACAACACUCCUGAAUGAAGAUGACAACAGAGAAUGGAGAUGUCAGCUUACUCACAGAAAUCAACUCCAGACCUCAGUCAGAUACACUGUCAAGAAUUCAGCUGAUACAGCAUCAGAAACUGUCAUCUGUGUGACUGCUAGAACAUUAUUCAGAGUGAUUGUGACCAUUGUUGAGAUGGCAGUGUUUGCUGCUGCUACUGUGAUUCUUCUUCAGAUCAUCUGGGCAAGAAGAGCUGGGAGGAAGGACUUGCAGCACCCAGAGGAAAGAGCGAUGCCUACAGUAUUACAAUAAAAUACUGCUGAGUUACAAGAGCAAA